AUGUCAGCUCCAAACAGCAAGACCACAAACUCCACGACGAUCAGAUCACCAGCACUGACAAGCAAGCAUAUUUCCGAGGCUCACAGUCAUUCCAAGUCCCCGAGGCAAGAUUCUACGAUGGUGAAGAUCGGUCUCAAACCGCUUCCUGUGACUUUAGCAGCUGUCAACUCGGAUUCAGUUUUGGUUGAGAAUUUGUGUUCCUUGGGCUACGAUGAAGUUUUACUGCCAAUAACCACUUUCCGUUACAGAGAGAAAUGCAAGGCUUAUUUCAAAGCAUUCAAGGAUUCAGUUUCAAAAACGCAAGCUCUGGAGGUCCCGUUUCCUCUUCUGGGAGAAGUGGAAGUGUUUGCCGGUCGUCAUAUCUCCAAGGUGGUUGGAUUGCUAUCGUCCUGGAUUGAACUGGACUCUCACGAUAGUGUGGUGAGUGAUUUCUCGCUCCAAGUGGUGGUCAACGAAGUAUCGUAUGCGAGCCACAUUGGGAUCCAGACCUUUCUGCUGGCUCCUCCCAAGAACGUGAACAACCUAGCCAUCUAUGCGAACAAUCUGAGUCGCUUACUGGAAACCUAUCCACGCGCCCACUUUUCCUUGAGUCUUCCGAUAUGUGAAGAAGUCAGACAAGACACUGUUACUGGCGCACCAAUUCCCGUACUGGAUGCUCUUUCCACCUGGGAUAUGUGGAACUCCAUAAGGACCCAGUGCAACUACCACGAGAACCUGUCUGUGUCUUUGGGCUCUCCAAACCACAAUAUUCCGCAAUAUGUGAUCAACAGGUGGCUGCUGGAGCCGAUAAGACUGUAUUUGGUUUCCACAAGCCGUUUUGUGCUUAACUCGAAGAAUUACCCCGUUUUGAACAAGUUCAACCAGCUGAUAAUAUGGAAGCUCAUCCAAAAGAAGACCCUCCGUCUUCCCACCUUUUUCUUGCACGGGGUUGAUCGCGAUCAAAAUAUUAACAGCCAUCUAAAGGAUAUUACUCUGGAAAAUAACAGAGGAGCUGACACUUCAUUGGGUCUGGAUUCGGAUCACAACCCCAUCACCAAGUCUGUUAGUGUUGAUGCAAAUGGGACGGCCAUUAACUACGGCAGUUCCUCUUAUCUCGAUUAUUUACGUCAUUUGGCCACUACAUCGGCCAAUAAUUUGCAAAUCCCGCUGGUUGAAAAAUUUACUAUGGAGAGUCUUAGAAAUGCCGUUGUGGACCUAAAUUCCCCGGACCUCCUGCAGCAGCCUCUGCAGCCCUUGCAGAACAACCUCGACAAUGCCACUUACCAGACGUUUGAAAAAGACCAUGUCAAGUACGAGUCGUACGAGAAGGCCAUGGUGGCUGCUCUGAUGGAUUUGGCCAACCUGAAAAAGUUCCAACACCUCAAAACUGUGCCCACUUAUGGAACCACUGCAUUCAACACAUCUGCAUUGUCUCAAGAGAGCUUUGCGAGCUCUAAUCGUUCUGUUUCGCAGCUUGAGAAACUUUCUGUUUUGAUUGUUGGACCUGGUCGCGGGCCUUUAAUCGACAGACUGUUUGCGUCUCUCAGGUUUCUGAAUCUGAACCUGGACUUCGUCAACAUCGUUGCCAUUGAGAAGAACUCCAACGUGAUGGUCUACCUCUCUCAGUGCAACUCCACCCGGUGGCUUAACAAAGUGCGCAUUUUCAACCGGGAUAUAAGGAAAUUCGCACCUCCAUCUGGAAUGCGUUUCAAUCUCAUCAUCAGCGAAUUGCUGGGCAGCUUUGGCUGUAACGAGCUUUCCCCAGAAUGCCUUGAGCCUGUUUCCAAGAUGGAGGACCCCGGGAUGUCCAUUUACAUUCCUCAGAGCUAUUCCAGUUAUAUCGCACCCGCCUCUUCUCCUGCCAUAUACGGCAAGCUGGAAAAGCUGGAUUCUCGCAAGUCUUGGAAUCUUCCGUACGUUCCUCUGGUGGACUCUGCUGAGAUACUAACGUCACGCUACGAGAAGCUGUGGACAUUCGAGUAUCCAUCUCUUUCUCGGCACAGAUCCGAAAUUACAGUCUCCAAUCGGAGAUCGAACCAGGUGCUAUUCAAGUGUCACCACAAAGGAACUUUGCAUGGGCUUCUGGGCCACUUCGUGGCAGAGCUUUACAAUGGAGUCAUCAUCUCCAAUCUUUCCACUGGACAAGGGCCCACUCCUCCAAACCUGAUCUCCUGGCUGCCAAUAUUUUUCCCGCUGGAGCAACCGAUGUAUUUGCCUGACGACCAGGAGCUAUCUGUUCUAAUGAAACGAGAGGUCUCCCAUAAUAAGGUAUGGUACGAGUGGUCCGUGGAAAGUUUCAUGUACCUGGUUCUUCCGAUGGAUAAGUCCCGGUCUGGGGACACAACCCCAAGAAAGACUACCAAGCCAUUCUCCAUCCCAAGACAUUCUGCUAAACCAUCCUUGAAUACCCCAGGCCUCAAGGCCAGUCUCUUUGGCAGCGAGCAGUUCUUUGAACCAGACCAGCUUUCGGACGAUGAAAGCUCUGACGACGAGGAGGCUCAGAUGAGGGUUCGGACUGGUAUCACAAAAACACAAAAUUCAUCUGGCAGGUAUUUUUCCAUGUUCUUUUAA